AUGACCGCUGCGGCCUCUGAGCGCUGUGACGCUACAGCCAAACGCAGUGGCCACUCACCCCCUCCCUUGGUCGUCAUUGACCACACCGCGUUCCCCUGCAUCAUGGAUUCCAUCAUCAGUCACACCGGCUGGGACGGGUGGGUCGUCCUUCGCCAGACCUCGCGUGCCUUUCGCGACCGCAUGGAUGCUCUUCUCUGCCACCAUGUGGUGCUCCAGGACCGCCUCUACGGCCCCGAGGACGCCGUCUUCUACCGCCCGGGUACCAUAAAACAGCAACAGCAACUCGUCCCUUGCCUCUGCCUCGAAAGACCUUGUAUCGGGCGGUCUCUCUCCCUGGUUGGUCAGCACACCCGCAUUGUAGACGACCGCACCAUGUUCGCCGUGGGAGUCCAAAACAACAAGAAUCUCAGUCACAACGAGCUGUUUAGCGGCGUCCGUGUCCUUCGCUUCGAGCCCCACUGUGGUGCCUGUCUCCAGGACUUUGACGCGCCAAAGAUUGUCAACUGGAGGCACUUUCCCUCAACCCAUACGAUAGACGACCUCCGGUACCCUCAGAACAAAUACCCUUAUGCGGACACUGCUCGUCACCUGGUCUUCCAUGUCGACUAUGAGGCCAGCUCGGCGUUCAUUCUCCGGUUCCCCUUUAUCGACGACUGGGAUGGCCUGGAAGAGGUUGUCGUCGUUUAUACUAAAAAGCCCAAACCGCCUCCUCCGCCUCACCAGGGAGGCUAUCCGGUCCUGACGACCCGCAGGCCCACUGGUCGCGCCGGUCCCGACGCCGAACUGGGAUUCAUCAUGCACACGCUCGGCAUGGAGCGCGAGCAAGAACGUCCCAUUCCCGACAACGUGACCCUCACCCUGGUCGGCCUCGAGGACUUGCUUGACACCAAUGGGCUUGCGACGCGGGCCGAAAAGGACAACAAGACCCAUCCUCACGAUGUCAUUCGGGCGCGUAUACAGCGAAGGUUCAACUUGUACAGCUACUAUACCCCUCGCGUCAGAAAACUCCUUGGCGAAAUCAACUUCAUGAGCCACGAGGACUAUAUCCGCAAGAUUGGCCGCGACGAGUAUGAGCUCGAGACGCGUGAAUUCACUCAGGCCUCCCCCCUUGCCGGUGCCACCGAGUAG